GUUUCUUUUUUCUGUCAAAAACCCCCCAAUUUCAUUUACUACUAUUUCUCUGCGUGUUUUUGUGCGUGAGAAAGAAAGAAAUACUGCCCACACGGCGUCGUUUAGGGGAGACCGAAGGUGAGCUAGCUGGCUAGACGGAGACGACGAAAGCGAAGAAGAGGAAGAUAGAGGAGGAGGCGGUCGAGGAUUGUGUGUUUGGUGCGUGAUUGGAGGGGUAAAUUUGUAACUUGGCUUAAUCGAUCCCUCCACCCAUCGGAAUAGUAAAGUCAAGCCCUCUCGAUCGAGGGAUUUUGUAGAGUGGAAAUAUUGAAGCUGAAAUCUCCUCAUGCAGAAGAAGUAGAGGUUUUAAAGUUUGCUACUUGUAGAUUUUAUUGUACUGCGAUUUGACUGUGAGAAAAUGUUGGAGGCUCCGAAAUUUACUGGAAUCAUAGGCCUAAACAAUAACCGUGAUGAUUAUGGCAUAUCACAAAAUUUUUACCAUAAGCUCAAUGAGGGCUCGAACAUGUCAAUCGACAGCUAUGGGAGCCUGCAAAUGAGCAAUGGUGGAGGAUCUGUUGCUAUGUCUAUGGAUAACAGCAGUGUGGGGUCAAAUGAUUCACACACUCGCAUUUUAAACCACCAGGGCCUUAAGCGAGUGAACAACAACUAUUCUGUUGCUGCUAGUGUCAACCGUGGGAGGGUUUCUCACGGGUUAAGUGAUGACGCACUAGCUCAGGCUUUGAUGGAUCCUAGGUUUCCCACCGAGGGGCUUGAGAAUUAUGAUGAAUGGACUAUUGAUUUGAGGAAGCUUAAUAUGGGAGCAGCGUUCGCCCAAGGAGCAUUUGGAAAGCUCUAUAAGGGGACAUAUAAUGGUGAGGAUGUUGCAAUUAAGCUUCUUGAGAGGCCUGAGAAUGACCUAGAGAGGGCACAUUUGAUGGAACAACAGUUCCAGCAGGAGGUAAUGAUGUUGGCAAGAUUGAAACAUCCGAACAUAGUUCGCUUCAUCGGCUCAUGUCGUAAACCCAUGGUAUGGUGUAUCGUCACUGAAUAUGCCAAAGGGGGAUCAGUUCGACAGUUUUUGACCAAGCGGCAGAACAGAUCCGUUCCCUUGAAACUGGCUGUUAAGCAGGCCUUAGAUGUGGCCAGGGGGAUGGAAUAUGUGCAUGGCCUGAACCUUAUUCAUCGAGAUCUCAAAUCUGAUAAUCUUCUCAUUUCUGCUGAUAAAUCUAUCAAGAUAGCAGAUUUUGGUGUUGCUCGUAUAGAGGUGCAGACUGAAGGAAUGACUCCAGAAACAGGGACAUACCGCUGGAUGGCUCCGGAGAUGAUCCAGCAUAGGCCGUAUACCCAGAAAGUUGAUGUUUAUAGCUUUGGGAUUGUUCUGUGGGAACUGAUCACAGGAAUGCUUCCAUUCCAGAACAUGACUGCUGUACAAGCAGCUUUUGCUGUUGUCAACAAGGGCGUCCGCCCAACCAUUCCCAAUGACUGCCUUCCUGUACUCAGUGAGAUAAUGACACGUUGCUGGGAUGCUAAUCCUGAUGUGAGGCCUCCUUUCAGUGAGGUUGUUCGGAUGCUUGAGGCUGCCGAGACUGAAAUCAUGACAACUGUCAGAAAGGCCCGUUUCAGGUGCUGCAUGAGUCAACCUAUGACCAUGGAUUAAUGCAGAGAGGAAAGGUGUAGAAGCGGUAAGAACAGAGUAAAGCAUUCAAAGGAAAAAAGAAAAAGAAAAAAAGCUGAUUUUAUAUCAGUUUCUGUAUGUAUCAGGCUUAAUUUCUUUCUUCAGAUAGAAAAAGGGAGGGAGGAAAGUCAUCAUAAGAACUGCUUGUUUUGUGCUUUUUUUUUUUUUUUGCCCCUUUUACUGAUGGAUUGAAUAUGUUUAAUUAGUGCUAAUAGAGGAGGAUUGAUGUGUAUUUAUACAUAUGCCUUGUGUUGCUUUGUUUAUACAUGCCUUGUUUAGUCA